AUGGCUCCAAGGACACGUUCAAAUCGCGUCGAGAUGCUCGCAAAGCAAGAACUCAUAGCGAAGGGAAUGCCACCCAACGCGCACGGACUUCCAGGACUCCCCAACGAAAUUUACCUGGAAAUACUAUCUCAUAUUCCAGCGGCACCUGUUCCAACUCUUACUAUGAUCGAUGAGGCACAUCGCGACAGACACCAAACUCUUCUCGCGCUUUCGCAGACUUGUCGUUCGCUCCGACGCGUCUUUCUUCCUAGGCUGUGGCAACGAAUCGAAGUGUUGGAUGAUAAACACGAGGGAUAUGGAAGGGCCGUCAUGUACUCUCGUGUUCGCGGCUAUGAGAGACCCAACAAACCUGACAGAAAGUUCGUGGAGGAUCUCGUCUCAUUGCUCGAGGUGGUGACGGUCCGGGAGCCGAAUCUGGCCAUCUACGUGAAUGUUGUUAACGUGACCGUCCUCGACUACUCCGUCGAUACGGUACUUCCUGAGCUGGCUCGCUGUAUGACCCUCUUCCCAAACCUACAUACGGUCCAGCUUAAUCUCAAGCUCAAAAGGCAACGUCACAUGUUCCUACAGGACGUAUUCGAGCCGUACAGCUACCCAAACGUCCACACUGCGUGUCUAUCCGAGUCUGCGAUCCCCUUCCUCUAUGUCUGCCCAGGGUUGCGCAAGCUCCAUUCCUACCUAAACGCUGCAUGGGGUGCUUCGACACUAGGCCAUGUUCUCCAGCACAAGAAGCUGGAGGUUCUUGGAGCCGUUACGUGUCAUCAAGAAGCCAUUGCUUACAUCGUUAAGAGCUUGCUGGACUUACGAGAAAUAACCCUAGGGAGAACGGAGUUGAGGCUCGGAUACGACAAAAUAAUGAAGCUCUCUGAGCUGCCACACCUGCGUACAAUAAGACUUGCCAUGAAUGCUCAUGCGGCGUACAAGUAUCGUUGGAUUUAUCCUGACAGAGCUGCAGCUGCUGGGAUUUCUCAUGCUGGUGCCACCGACGAAGAGAUCCAGCAGUGGCUGGGAUGGGCAAAGAAAAUUCUAGAUGGUGUUAGAUCUGCUGAUUCAAGCGAGAAGCAAGUCAUCUUGAUUCGCGUGGACGGGAGUGAAGAAACCCGUAGUGUUAUCUGGUCAUCCUCAUCAUCCUAA